UCAAGAUACACUCACUUUCCUUAACUUAGCAGGAAAGCUACGUGUUCGAUCAACGUAUACCGGUAGGUAGUGUCGUCAUAUGCACUUUUAAUUAAAGGAAAACAUGAGCGUUGUGGUGAAUAGUGAUAAAGUGAAAUAUACUGACAAUUUUAUCGAAACCAAAUACACCUACCAAUAUAACAAAGCCAGAAAAAAUGGAGAUGUUGUUGAGGUUACACCAAUAUCAGAAAAUUUAGUUCUAAAGACAUCUAAAAAAGUUCCUAAACUAGGUGUUAUGCUGGUUGGAUGGGGUGGCAAUAAUGGGUCUACGUUUACUGCCGCUGUAAUAGCAAAUAAGUUAGGUUUAACAUGGCCAACAAAAAAGGGAGUCCAGCAAGCAAACUGGUAUGGGUCUCUUACACAAGCCGCCACAGUAGCGUUAGGUGACGAUGUAUUCGUACCUUUUUCAAAAUUGUUACCCAUGGUACAUCCAGAUGACAUCGUAAUAGGCGGCUGGGAUAUCAGCUCGGCUAACUUAGCUGAAUCAAUGGAACGAGCUCAAGUUUUAGAGCCAAUGCUUCAGCAGCAAUUAAAACCACAUAUGCAGACAUUAAAACCAAAACCUUCUGUCUAUAUACCGGAAUUUAUAGCUGCCAAUCAGAAAUCUCGAGCGGAUCAUGUAAUUAAAGGCACAAGACAGGAGCAGUUAGAACAUAUAUGCCAAGAUAUAGCCGAGUUUAAGGACGUCAAUAAUCUUGACAAAAUAAUCAUUUUAUGGACAGCGAACACGGAAUGCUUUAGCGACGUCUUAGAUGGCGUUAAUGAUACAGCUGAAAACAUUAAAAUUGCUAUCGCCAACAAUGACAGCAAUAUAUCACCAUCUACACUAUUUGCAUAUGCGGCUAUAACUAAGGGAUGUACUUAUAUAAAUGGAUCUCCACAAAAUACAUUCGUUCCAGGAAUUAUCGACUUUGCUGAAAAACGUGGCGUAUUUAUCGCCGGAGAUGAUUUUAAAUCUGGUCAAACCAAGAUAAAGAGCGUUUUGGUCGACUUCUUAGUGGGUGCGGGUAUUAAACCAGUCAGUAUUGUUAGCUACAAUCAUCUUGGAAAUAACGAUGGAAAGAAUUUAUCUGCACCUCCACAGUUCAGAUCUAAAGAGAUUUCUAAAAGCAACGUUGUUGACGAUAUGGUGAACUCCAAUGACAUUCUUUAUAAACCAGGGGAAAAGCCGGAUCAUGUAGUAGUCAUCAAAUAUGUUCCAUAUGUGGGAGAUUCUAAGAGAGCCUUAGAUGAAUACACCUCAGAAAUACUGAUGGGAGGUUUAAACACAUUAGUAAUUCAUAAUACCUGUGAAGACUCUUUGCUUGCCACUCCCAUAAUGUUGGACUUAAUCAUAUUGGGAGAACUAUUUACUAGAAUCAAGAUAAAGAGAGAAACUUCCUCAGACGAUGAAUACACUUCAUUCCACCCAGUAUUGUCAGUUCUGAGUUAUCUUUGCAAAGCGCCCUUAGUUCCAAAGGGCACACCGGUAGUUAAUGCUUUAAACAAGCAGAGGGCAUGUAUUGAAAACGUUAUAAAGGCUUGCAUAGGUUUACCGCCAGAAAACAAUAUGACAUUGGAACACAAGUUACCGUUUUUAAUGGCAGAAAAUUCAAAAUUGGACGGUGAACCAUUACCGAAAAGAAUUAAAAUGCAGAAUGGACAGCAUUAGAAUAAUAAUAUGUUUUAUAUGAUAUAUUUUUUAAAAUUGUCAGAUAAUCAUAUAUAUUUGUAGGGUAAUAAAAC